GGUGCCCAACAACACGUCAAUUGUACUUGCUCGGCGGGAAAGCGAUAAAUUUGGGGCCAAACAAAUAUAGGAAAAAAAGGAAGCCAGUGCCUUCUCUCCCUCCAAAGUCCCCCAAAUCCCCAUUUAAAACCCUAAAAGCUCUUAUUCUUCUUCCUCUGACCCCCAAACCCCUCAUUUCCAACCCCCAGCAGUUCCUUACGUCCAUGGCAUUUCCCAAGAGAGGUGACGAGGGAGACGCCGACACUCCGAUUCGCCACGUUUCAUUGGACCGCGUCUACUCCGCCGCUUCUCUAUGCGUCAGCGCCACCAACUCAUCCAACGAAAUGUCCAAGAAGGUCAAAGCUCGUAAACUCAUUGUCGACAGCGAUCACCUCCUCAAACCCCACAAUCCCCACGUCCUUCAUGUCUACUCUCGCCGCCAUAAACGCCCUCGCCAAUGCGACUCCGACGACUCUUUGCUCCAAGAAGAGGGCCAAAAAACAGUAGUCAAAGGUGAAAUUGAUGAGCCUUUUAGGAAAAAGAGGAGGAUUAGGAGUAAUGAGUUGGCCAAUUUGGGGGCUGACUCGAGUGUUUUCUGUCAGGCAGAUCGCCCUCGUUUGAGGGACUGUAGAAAUAAUAGCAGUGUUAAUAAUAAUGUGAAUAGUAAUUCUGUUAAGAAAAGGAAUCGUAUUUCUACUCUGAAUUCUAUGCGGGGUUUCAUUGUUUCCUCUACUGCUAAGAGAUGGGUCAGGUUGAGUUUUGACGGUGUUGAUCCAAAAGCAUUCGUUGGAUUGCAAUGCAAGGUUUUUUGGCCAUUGGAUGCUGAUUGGUAUUCAGGUCGAGUUGUUGGGUACAAUUCGGAGUCUAAAAGACAUCAUUUUGAAUAUGAAGAUGGAGAUAAGGAGGAUUUGCUGCUUUCUAAUGAGAAACUGAAGUUUCAUGUUUCUCAUGAAGAGAUGGAGCUCCUUAACUUGAGUUUCAGUGUUAAUAGUACAAAUAAUGGUUGCUAUGACUACGAUGAGAUGGUUGCGUUGGCUGCCAGUCAAGAUGAUUGUCAAGAACUUGAACACGGGGAUGUUAUAUGGGCAAAACUUACUGGUCAUGCAAUGUGGCCAGCAAUUGUGGUAGAUGAAUCACUUAUUGGUGAUCGUAAAGGUUUGAGUAAGAUUUCUGGUGGAAGAUUAGUUCCAGUUCAAUUUUUUGGCACCCAUGAUUUUGCAAGAAUAAAAUUGAAACAGGUGGUCUCUUUUCUCAAAGGACUUCUCUCAUCGCUUCACCGGAAGUGCAAGAAACCUUGUUUCACUAUGGGCUUGGAGGAAGCAAAAUUCUAUUUGUGUGAACAGAAGCUUCCAAGAAGAAUGUUACAACUACAAAAUGGAAAUACUGAGGAUGUUGGUGAUGCAAGUUGUGAAGAUAAAGGAAAUAUCGAUUUCAUUGAAGAUCACAGGAAAAAAAAUCAGGGGAUUCAGAUAACUCUUAGUGGACCUGGAGGUUCUUCUUAUGUAAUAGGAGACAUGCAAAUAAUUAGCCUUGGAAAAGUUGUCAAGGACUCCGAAUAUUUCCAAGAUGAUGGAAUAGUCUGGCCUGAAGGGUACACUGUUGUUAGGGAAUCUAUUUCAGUAAAAGAUCCAAGUAUUUGUACCUUGUAUAGGAUGGAAGUGCUGAGAGAUCCUCAGUCAAAGAAUCAUCCUAUAUUUAGAGUGGCAUGUGAUGGAGAGAAGUUUGAGGGACCAGACCCAUCAGCUUGUUGGAAUAAGAUAUCUAGAAGGAUAAAAAAGAUACAUAAUGAUUCUUCUGAUUCCAGUGCUUCAAAAGGAAGAUUCUUUCAAUCUGGCUCUGAUAUGUUUGGUUUCUCCGAUCCUGGAGUUAUAAAAUUAAUACAGGGGUUGUUAAAAUCUAGACUUUCUUCAAAGUUCUCUGCAUCCAAUUUAGCCUCUGGAAGGUUUCGAGACCUGCCUGCUGGUUAUAGACCUUUUCAAGUUGACUGGAAAGACCUAGAUAAGUGUAGUGUCUGCCACAUGGACGAGGAGUAUGAGAACAAUCUAUUUCUCCAGUGUGACAAAUGCAGAAUGAUGGUGCAUGCUAGAUGCUAUGGCGAACUUGAGCCUGUUGAUGGUAUUCUAUGGUUGUGCAACUUAUGCCGCCCUGGGGCACCCGAGUCCCCUCCACCUUGCUGUCUUUGCCCUGUUAUAGGGGGUGCAAUGAAGCCUACGACUGAUGGCCGUUGGGCUCAUCUGGCUUGUGCCAUAUGGAUACCUGAAACAUGUCUAUCUGAUGUCAAGAGAAUGGAACCCAUUGACGGGCUAAAUAGAAUCUGCAAGGACCGGUGGAAGCUGCUAUGCAGCAUCUGUGGUGUAUCUUAUGGAGCUUGUAUUCAAUGUUCAAACCCUACGUGCCGGGUAGCAUACCAUCCACUCUGUGCACGUGCUGCUGGUCUCUGUGUUGAGCUUGAGGAUGAGGAGAGACUGUUUCUCCUCUCAGUAGAUGAAGAUGAUGAAGAUCAAUGUAUUCGGCUACUUUCCUUUUGCAAGAAGCAUAGGCAACCAUCUAAUGAUCCAAUAGAAGCAUCCGAUGAACGAGUUGGUAGACUAGUACGUCAAUGUUCGGAUUACACUCCACCUCUUAAUCCAUCUGGUUGUGCUCGGACCGAGCCUUACAGCCAUUUGGGAAGAAGAGCCCGAAAAGAACCUGAAGCCCUUGCUGCUGCAUCCCUAAAGCGCUUGUUUGUAGAGAAUCAAUGCUACUUGGUUGGUGGCUUCUACCAACAUUCAAUGUCAGGCACCACAGUGCCUAACAAUAGAGUGAAUGGUAUCAAAUUCUCUUUUAGUCUUACCAAGCUUAAAGCCCCCCAGCUUGAUGCUCCUAACAACAUCCUCUCUGUAGCUGAGAAGUAUGAUUACAUGAGGCAAACCAUUCGAAAAAGAUUGACAUUUGGGAAAUCAGGAAUUCACGGGUUUGGAAUCUUUGCAAAGCAUCCACAUAGGGCAGGAGACAUGGUGAUUGAAUAUACUGGCGAACUUGUUAGACCUUCUAUAGCUGAUAGAAGGGAACAUUUCAUUUACAACUCAUUAGUGGGUGCUGGCACUUAUUUGUUUCGAAUUGAUAAUGAAAGAGUGAUUGAUGCCACUAGAGCAGGAAGCAUAGCACAUCUAAUCAAUCACUCAUGUGAACCCAAUUGCUACUCAAGAGUUAUUAGUGUUCAUGGUGAUGAGCACAUUAUCAUUUUUGCAAAGAGAGAUAUUAAACGAUGGGAGGAGCUGACAUAUGAUUAUAGGUUCUUUUCCAUUGAUGAGCGUUUGGCAUGCUAUUGUGGUUUUCCAAGAUGCCGGGGUGUUGUUAAUGAUACCGAAGCUGAAGAACAAGUCUCAAAGAUAUCAGUAAACCGGAGUGAAUUGACUCAAUGAAGAGGAGAAUGAGAGGUUUCAUUGCCAGUGAAAUCCCUUCAAACUCAUUUGACAAUUGCGAUGCCUGUUCAAGAUCGCCCCUCUGGUUCUGUUCUCCCACUUGCACCUUUGUUUCCCCGUUAUCUCUUAUUACAAGUGACUGCAUAUUAUUUAUCUUCAUCAAGCUUGCUCUUGGAUUGUAUUAACAAUGCGGAAAGAUAGAUAACUUUUCUGAACCUCCCAGUAUAAAAGACGAAGGUAAGAUUCUGUCUGAGCAUUGCUUUAGUCCUUUUUUGGGUAUAUGUAACAUGUUAUUGGUAGGUAAAAUGUACAUUAACUAAUUGUAAAAAAAAAACACGGUAAAAUACAAUU